AUGCUGACUUUAGAGGACAAGGACAUGAAGGGAUUCAUGUGGGCCACAGCCCCAGCCUUGACCUCCCUGGGCUACCUGCUCAUGCUGGUGGUCUUCAUCCCUUUUUGGGUGCGGCUGGUGAACAAGGAGUCCCGUGAAGUGUUUUCCAGGGGCCUGUUUGAGAACUGCCUCCAUAUCAAAUGCUGGAAGCUUUGACCCUUAUCUGUGUACAUCAUCCUUGGCCGCUUCUUUCUGCUGUCUGCAGUUGUCUUGUCUUUCCUCACCACCUUCAGCAUGUGGUCCUUUGCUGCUCAGCUCUUUCUAAGGACCCGGAAGCACAACUUUGUGUCAGCCUUCAUCAGCUUCCUCACAGGUGUGGAACUGCAGGCAAGCCUUGGGGAGGAGUCCAAAGGCAGGGAAUCUGUGAUGGUCUCUGUGAUGUCAGGAGCGAGAGAAUUUUUAGGGCCCCUCUCCUCUGUUGCCUUCUCUGUGAAGCAGCCCGCCCCCAUACCCACCCCUCAGGAUUUACUAUGCCUCUCCUUUAGGGCUUCUCAGUUGCUCUGUACCUGCUUCUACAGUGGUGCCUGCAAACCCAACAACUCCAGAUGUGGUGAAGGUGCCUGCAACCCUGGCUCCUCCACCAGCUUCCUCCUUCCCCUGCUGUGGGACCCUGGAUGUGGUGGAGGUGCCAUCUGCCUCUUUCAAGAAUCAGCCUGCCUUGGCUGCCAUUUGUUGCCCAUUUCCCAGGAUAUUGAGGAGACCAAAGGGAUCCUGCACCUGGUAAAUCUGGAGAGUCUGGGAGGGUAACUGAGCUCAAUACAAAAGGAGACUUUGCUGAAGGAAGAAACAAUUGUGUAGCCCAGGGUAGUCAGUCCUCUACGCUUCGUCAAGCUGUGUGAGUAUACGUGUGUUAGGUGUAUGUGGCUCCCCCUUGUCCGCCAGUCUCUGCUGCUUCUGAUGAGCUUCUUGGGUGUCAGAUCAACC